GGGAACUUUCAGAGCCAGAGUAAGACGAAGCAGAAUCCAAGAGACACCUGCCAAGAAAAUAGGCGUUCAAGGAGGGAAUGACUUCGUUGACGCUACGUCGUUUUUUCUGCUUUAACGCGGCAACUGCUUCUGCUUCGUCUUCCUUUUCCACUUCUUCCAAGAAGAAGUCUCUUGUCUUCCUAGGCUCUCCUGAGGUUUCUGCAACUGUACUUGACGCUCUUUUCAAUGCAUCUGCCGAACCUAACUCCUCUUUUGAGGUUGCAGCAAUUGUUACUCAACAACCAUCUAGAAGAGACAGGGGUAGAAAGGUAAUGCCCUCACCAGUAGCACAGUAUGCUCUUGAAAGAGGCUUUUCUGCUGAUCUGAUUUUGACACCUGAACGGGCUGGGGAGGAUACUUUCUUAUCCAAUUUAAGAGCUUUGCAUCCUGAACUUUGCAUUACAGCGGCAUAUGGGAACAUUUUACCAACCAAGUUUCUCAAGAUUCCACCACUGGGGACAGUCAAUAUACACCCAAGUCUUCUACCACUUUACCGUGGUGCUGCUCCUGUUCAAAGAGCACUGCAGGAUGGUGUAAAGGAGACAGGAGUAUCAUUGGCAUUUACGAUACGUGCAUUGGAUGCUGGACCUGUAAUUUCCUGUGAGAGACUAGAAGUUGAUGACCAAAUAAAGGCGCCGGAUUUACUUUCAUUGCUAUUUUCUGAAGGAUCUAAGCUUCUAAUUCGAGAGCUUCCCUUGAUAUUGGAUGGAUCAGCAAAGAUGAAAGCACAAAACCAAGAUGAUUCUAAAGCUACCUUGGCUCCAAAGAUAACUCCAGAGGAGUCAUGGCUAUCAUUUGAUCAGGACGCUGUAGUCCUGCAUAAUAAGGUUCGUGCAUUUGCAGGCUGGCCAGGAACCCGAGCUAAAGUUCUAGUUGUUGACAGCAAAGACAGUGAAAAUAAUAUCUUAGAACUCAAGAUUGUUACUACAAGAGUAUGCCGUGAUAAUGAUAUUCAGAGAAAUGAAGCAGAUGAGAUAACUUUCAAGAAGAAUGCAUUGUUGUUCCCAUGUGGAGGGUGCACAAUACUUGAGGUAUUGGAAGUUCAGCUUCCUGGGAAAAAGGUGGUGAAUGCAGCUGCCUUUUGGAAUGGUUUGCGAGGUCAAAAGUUGAAGAAGUUAUAAUAGAGGAUGCAGUGUAAGAUGUACAUUUGGCAGAGAUUCCUUGCAGAUCGACAAGAACAAAGGUUCUAAAUUCAUUUUUCCUUUUGUUAUAUCAGUGGAUUAUGUAUUUUAUUCAUACUUGAUGCUUUAUUAGAAUUGAUAUUGUAAUUUUGUUUGAGCAAGAUUGGUCAAUGCUUUGCAAUUAGUAAACAUUAUGCCUUCGUUCUUACCAAACUUAAUUAUGAGGCCAAAUAAAUUUUUUUUUGA